CAAAUAUUUUGGGAGGCACUUUGGGGCACUAAUUUAAGUGCUUUUCCUUAGUUAUUUUCAUAAUUUCGUAGCCUUCACAGAAAAUAAAACGCGCACUCUGUCCAAUUUCCGGAGGACCGAGAUUGUGUAGGACAACCAGGAAGCGGCCGGGCUGGGAGCUGUCCCCGGCUCUCCGCUCUGCUCUCGAGGGCAAUUCCCAGGGUCCUUACACUGUGUUCUCCUACACAGCGUGAUUCCCUGCCCCGAUCCAGGCUCCCGCCCGGGCCAAUCACUCUGGAGCCACCAUGUCUUCCGACUUCGAAGGCUACGAGCAGGACUUCGCGGUGCUCACUGCAGAGAUCACAAGCAAGAUUGCGAGAGUCCCCCGACUCCCUCCUGAUGAGAAGAAACAGAUGGUUGCAAAUGUGGAGAAACAGCUUGAAGAAGCAAAAGAACUGCUCGAACAGAUGGAUUUGGAAGUCCGAGAGAUACCACCUCAAAGUCGGGGAAUGUACAGCAAUAGAAUGAGAAGCUACAAGCAAGAAAUGGGAAAACUGGAAAAAGAUUUUAAAAGGUCACGGAUUGCCUACAGUGACGAAGUGCGCAAUGAGCUCCUAGGGGAUGAUGGGAAUUCCUCAGAGAACCAGUUGAUAAAAUUACGUGAAGAGAGGGCACAUCUGCUCGAUAACACAGAGAGGCUGGAAAGGUCAUCUCGGAGACUAGAGGCUGGAUACCAAAUAGCGGUGGAAACCGAGCAAAUUGGCCAGGAGAUGUUGGAAAACCUCAGUCAUGACAGAGAAAAAAUACAGAGAGCACGUGAAAGACUUCGGGAAACAGAUGCUAACUUGGGGAAAAGCUCCAGGGUUCUGACAGGGAUGUUGCGAAGGUAAGAGCAAGAAUCAUCCAGAACCGCAUCCUGGUCGUCAUCCUGGCCAUCAUCCUGGUCAUCACCAUCCUGAUGGCGAUCACUUUUUCUGUCAGAAGACACUGAUGUAUCUGCUCUUCCCUGAAAAACAGCAACAACGGCGUGCUCUGAGUAAUUAAGACAAAACGGUCACAUGAAUCAUUCUUUUGCGAUGACAGGCCCUGAGUGACCCUCCCUCUCUCUCACCACUGCUCAGCUGAAGUGCAAAGAGUGUAAAAAUAUUUUUUGUUCCUGUUUGCAUGUGGGUUGGUUUCCUUUUCUAGGUUUGUCUUCACCCAGAUUUGUUUUUUAUAAGGGAAGGUAAAUGUUUAUUUGCCUUUUGGUAAUUUCAUCUACUGACCAAAAUAGCCUUGGUGACAUUCUUUCUUGCCCUGUGGACAUGUUAGGGGUCAUGGUUUGGGAGAGGACAUGAUGAGUGAAUCACUGGGGCUUCUGACAGGCUGUGCUGUUUGUCACACACCUCUUGUCACCGAACUGCCCUUCUGUGAUGUCUGAGGACAAAAAUGCAGAGAAAAGCAGAGGCCAGCACAAGUGACCGGCUCCAGCAAACCAGUCCUGUUUCUACCCAGGCAUAAUGGAUAGAGUCAACCUGCCUGAGUGCUUUCAUUGUAAAGGUGGGUAUUUAAUGUCAGAUGUACAGGAAAUUGACUUAGCACUUUCUCUGUUUUUCUAUGCAUAAUUUUUUUCUACGCCCAAGAAUAUUUUUGCUGAGCCUGCCCAAUAUCCACUUUUCACAACUUUGAUUACUGGCUACAAGAACUAUUUCCUUACCUUCCAAAAAUCCCAUACUCCCUGGAAUUUGCUGGCAAAGUAAAGCCCUGGCACCGUAUUUAAUUGUGACCUCCUCUCCCCUGACCUGUGUAAGCAUUCCUGUAUCUUUUCGGUUUUAAUAUUUGCACCGCCAAAAGCAGCCCUCAUACAUGCAAAAGGUCUGACAAGGUUCUCCCCACAUCCACUCCAGUAUGUAAAGAGAACAUGAAUAUUUCAGGAAGAGCAAGAACACGACUCCAUCAGUGUGAAAUUUCAAAUGUGAUUAUAAAAAUGGUAGAGUCCGACAGGAUGAUCCACUAGAACUAAACUUUAUGGAAAAUGUACACUAACCUCCUUUAAAAGGAUAAGGGAUUGCAGCGUGUUGCAAAAAGAUGGCCUGAGUUUUUUUACUAACAAAUGUCGGCACAGCCUUCCUGAAUUCACUGUGUAUUCAAACCUCUAAUAUGCUUUGUGAUUUUCUUUGGUUUCUUUCCGUCCGGGGUAACCAGGAAUUGUGUUCAAAAUGAGUUCAUUUAUGAUCAGGCUUCGAGUUGCCCACGCUGAGGUCAUUUUCCCCCUAGUCAUGAAGCAAAAUGUGGUUUUCUUUAAGACUUCAUAGGUACUUACAAGGUCCGUACUGUCUUUUGAAAAUAAUUGGAAGCUUUGAAUCCUUGAAACGCAGACCUGUUCUCUUCAUAAAAAAAUGCUAACCACCUGUGCCCAUGGAUGGUGAUCACCUGGAUACAGCACUAGAUUUUUUCUUCAACUCAGAAGAGAACAAUUCUGGUUUAGGGAGGAAAUGCAGAAUGGCAAAAUCCGCCAGAGAAAUCGUUCUUACCGAAACAGGCCAGGGCCUGCAAGUGUUCAGAUAAAUCAUUUAGUAUUGUAUAAAUAGAGCUGCAGCCUUAACUUCGCAGGGAUGGUGUGGGAUUUUGGCAGAGCGAAGCAGGACAGUGGAGUAGUGGAAAGGCUGUGCUGAUUUUCCUAUCGGCUUAAGGGAUUCGUCUCAGCAAGAAUCUUUUAUUCCGAUAACGGAAUUCUAUACAUGCCAAACACCUUGAAGAAACCGUUAAAAAGCAAGGAAACAACCAACCAACCAACCGCCUUCUCAUUUUGAAACACUAAUGGUGUGGAAGUACUAUCCCAGCCUCUCUGAUGGCUGCCUUCGAAACUCUUGAUCUUAGCUAAAGCACAUAACCACUUUUCCAACUAUGCCCCACGUUUUCAGACUUUUCCUGAACACCCAGCAAAGCAGAUUGUUCUGGUCAUCGACUCUGGCCUGCUCCGAAAUGUGUCACUAAAACCUUGCGUUCAUGUUGAAGGAGAUGACAUGAAGAGUGAAUGGCUCACCUCACGAUGGCCUUUUCUUUGGGGUUCUAGCUCUUUAUCAGGGCUUGCCAGAGAUUUUGCCCCAAUUCAGCUGGAGAGUGGGAAGAAUAUGAACAGAUAACCCUCGGCCUAACAGCCCCAUCAAAUCCACCUUGAGGGCGACCCCCUAGGAUGUUUGCGAGUGCCUUGAAGGAAGCUGGUCCAAAGGUCCCCUGAACUCCUUGCUUGGCCUUCCUGGAUACUGCAGGGGAGACUCAAAGGAGCCCCAAGGGAGGCAAAUUGUCCUCCCCCACUUCCCCGCUCCAAUGGAGAAGGAAGAAAGCCCACAAAUUCAAAGCAGGUCAUAGAUCUGUGAAAGGUUCUAGGAACUUAAUAUGUAGACUUCAAUUGAUGAAUAGUUCUAAAGUUGGGAAUAUUGUUAAAAAACGAUGUUCGGGCCGGGGCGGGGGUGGGGGAGGGGAGGUGAUGAUGAAGACUUGGAGGAGGAAGAAGAGGAAGAAGCCCUUGCCAUAUAAAAUUCAUGCAGACUAAACAGUUUCCCUGACAGAAUAAAUAAAGCAGAUGCUACCCUGCUCCAGAAUCAAAAGCAAUUUAAUUAAAGUCUCUUAAGUUGUAAAGAGUUUUAAAUGUUCCACGUUGAAGGCGAAUGCCUGCAAAUGCAGUGGGCUUGACGUCAGCUGCCAGCCUGGGCUGGGAGGCCAUUUGCUAUUCUGUUUAAGGCAGGCUGGAUUGUCUUAUUUUGGAACUAGCUUGGUGGGGGGUUUGCUUUGCUACUGCUUCUGAGCCCUGAGCUUCAAAGGCUGAAAUUAAUGGUGAACAAAAUUGUGCGGCCCUGGCCGUCCCAUGCGGGGCAAGCCCAUUGAGGGUUAUCAUUAAGUAAAGAAAUAAAGACGGGGAAAAAAGCCUGCCUGUUCCAAAAACCUCAUCAGAUAAUGACCUCAGUGAUUGGGUUUUCAUUACCAAACAGCAUCCAGAGAUUAUCUACUCCAUGGAAGAAGGGAGGGGGCAAGAAAGAGAAAGAAAGGAAAGCAACUGUCUUUCUCUCCCUCUCUUUCCUUUUUUUUUUUUGCACAUCUUUUCUUUAAAACUGUCAGAUCAUUUCAGUAUUUCAAAUCCGAGGAAAACAGCCUGCCUGCUGCUGUAUUUGAAGUUGUAAUGGUGUCAAAAAGUCACGACUGACUGACAGCCGUCAGUCCCAGAGGGGCUCAUUAAAUCAUAAAAACUUGACAAGGAAAUAAUUGCGCAUCGCCAGCAACUUGGCGCCUGUUUAGACGUUUUUAUUUUCUUUCAUUAUUAGUCCCCACCAUUACGUUCAUUAACAAAUUGCAUUCAACAACUGUUAAGGGCUAAUGAUUUGUUUAUCGCUUUUUUUUUAUUAUUAUUAUUUAAACAUUAGCUGUGUCAUGUGGUACCCCAGCAGCCUCUCGCCAUCACCUGACUGAAUAUGUUUCCACCCCGAGCUCUGGGUACUGUUGGAAUAUGAAAUAGAUUAUUCAUUACUCUC